GCCAUUCUCUCUCUCAUUAAAAGCUCUUCUCCUUGAUUAUCGCAUUCUUUAGAGUCUUAACGCAAAGAUGAGACCUCCUCUAACUGGAAGCGGUGGGUUCAGUGGUGGAAGAGGCCGUGGUGGAUACAGUGGUGGUAGAGGUGACGGUGGUUUCAGUGGUGGUCGUGGUGGCGGUGGUAGAGGAGGAAGAGGUUUCAGCGACCGUGGUCGCGGCAGAGGAAGAGGACCACCAGGCCGUGGUGGUCCUCGCGGCAGAGGACCACCAGGACGUGGAGGCAUGAAAGGAGGAAGCAAAGUGAUUGUGGAACCUCACAGACACGCAGGAGUGUUCAUUGCAAAGGGUAAAGAAGAUGCUCUUGUUACUAAGAACUUGGUUCCUGGUGAAGCUGUCUACAAUGAGAAGAGAAUCUCUGUUCAGAACGAAGAUGGAACUAAGGUUGAAUACAGAGUUUGGAAUCCUUUCCGUUCCAAGUUGGCAGCUGCUAUUCUCGGUGGUGUUGAUAACAUCUGGAUUAAACCUGGUGCUAAAGUUCUAUACCUUGGUGCUGCUUCUGGAACCACAGUCUCUCAUGUGUCUGAUCUUGUUGGCCCUGAGGGAUGUGUGUACGCAGUUGAGUUUUCUCAUAGAAGUGGUAGAGAUUUGGUGAACAUGGCAAAGAAGAGAACCAAUGUUAUUCCAAUCAUCGAGGAUGCUAGACACCCUGCUAAAUACAGAAUGCUUGUAGGCAUGGUUGAUGUUAUCUUCUCUGAUGUUGCCCAGCCUGAUCAGGCUAGGAUCUUGGGUUUGAAUGCAUCAUACUUCCUCAAAUCAGGAGGACACUUUGUGAUCUCAAUCAAGGCUAACUGUAUCGACUCAACGGUUCCAGCAGAAGCUGUGUUCCAGACUGAAGUGAAGAAGCUUCAACAGGAGCAAUUCAAGCCAGCUGAGCAAGUGACACUUGAGCCAUUCGAGCGUGAUCAUGCCUGUGUCGUUGGUGGCUACCGUAUGCCUAAGAAGGCCAAGGCUGCUACCGCUGCUUAGAAGUUUUUAUUUACUUCCCGUCUUUCCCAGUUCCUCAGAUUUUGCUGUGUCUCGGUCUCUUUAGAAUCUGUAGGGUUUUAGGGUUUAUCUUAAAUUCUGAGUUUUUGUAAUCAUUUUGAACCCUGGUUUUGUUCACUUGGCUAACUUUUUCGACAAGGUUUUGAUUUAUGGGAAAAAAUUUAAUAGAAUUUUGGUCGACAA